AUGUUACCUGAUGUGUUACGAAACAUCAAAGGGAUUUUUCCCCAUUCUGCUGACCACAUGAUUUCUUUACUGACGGUACAUAUGUCCCUUUAAAAAUACUUUUAUGAUAAUUUGUAUGUGCACAGACACAAAUUGAACCAGUAAGUUUUGCUAAGAAUUUAGGUGCACUAGGUAACUUUAAUUAUUUAUUUUUUUCAGGAUAAUUGGUAUAACGACGAAUACAGCCAUUGUUGCAUAAGUGAUGAAGAUGAAAGGCCGACAUUCAAUCAUCAAUGUAAUAAUUCAACGGUAAUCACAUUGUUAGACAUUAACAUGAUAUAACGGCUACAAUCCAGAGAUUUCCGUAAAGCCAUUGGUUGAACCAAAACAGGGUGCUAUCUUCAGAUAUAUUGACAAAUCAUUGUUCCUUUCAGUGUCACAGGCUAGCAAAAGAUUAUUGCACCUCAGGCAUGAGACAAUUUAUUGGCGAUGUAUCAGUAUUAAAUUAGACAGACAUACAGACAGGCACACAGGCACACAGGCACACAGACAGACAGACCGAUCGACACAGGUAGGUAGACAGAUAGAUAGGUAGGUAGGUAGAUUGAUAGGUAGGUAGAUCGAAUCAAUAGAUAGAUAGUGUAUAAUGUCAUUGAAGGCACAAGAGAUAUGAAACAUGCGAUCUACUUAAAGGGGCACUGUCAAUUCCAAGAAUUUUGCACCAUCACAUAGACAGGUAAACGUUAGCUAUUGGUUAUGUUUGUCUUGACAACAUUUUCACACAAAACAUGAAAAUGAUAAAAUAAAAAAUAAAUUUAAAUCAUCCCACUGCUUUAUUCACCCCAGUGCAUGGUGCAAUCCAGUUUACUGGAGCAAGAAACUGGCACUUGUCCAGAAGUGACAGUUCCACUUUCACACAGCUUCUAUAACGGAACCAUAUAUAAACAUACACAUGCAAUGUAUGUAUCCUGUAUUCUAGACUGCCCAGCAUGGACUUGAAAUAUAGUAAUAGCUCAACCCUUUACCCUUAAAUACAUAUUUAUUGAUUAUUAAUAUUAUUAUUUUUAUUAUGACAUCCAUAAACAUAAGUGUAAACCAUCUUGAUGUAGUUUUAUAGUAGUUUCGUAGUUAUGUUACUACACUAGCUAUUUUGUAUAGCUACAGUACAUUUGUUCAUAAUGCAUUUUACAUGUUUCCCUCUAAAGAGUUGUGUUUAAUGAUUUUGUUGGCAAGAGUGAUAUUUUAAUUGAAAUAAAUUAUCUGAACAAAUAAAUGCAAAGACAGUUUUGUGAACACCAUCAUUUUUAUCAAAUUUAAAUACAAAGAUAUUGUGACUAACUUGAAGUGCUAUCAUGUACUGCAACUAAAUUUACACAGGGAUCUGACUACAAUUUCAGCUAUGAAAACACAGAUUAGGGGUUUCAAAUGUCCCUUCAGUUCUACGAUGCUGAUAACAUCUCGUCAUCGUGUGCAUAGUGCCUCAAUAAGAUUUAUUCACUAAACAACAAAUUGUCGAGAACGUAAAACCAAACUGCAAAAUAUUUUUUGGACAUUCAUUAUUUUAUACUUUUCAAAGGAUACAAAAUAUAUAUAAAAUAAAAACAAUAAAGGGAAACCAAUGAAGGGUCUUACAUGAGAAAAAAUGGCGUCAGAGUAAAUAAGGUCCCAAAAAAGGACAUAAUCUACAAAUGUGUUCAUUGCUAGAACACCAGCAACAACAUCGUCAAAAUGUUCCACACAGAGGAAGGCAGACAUGAAGAAGGAGGGAAGUAAAAACAGUGAUAGUACACGCAAUAGUACUUAGCAAGAUCGGACACCAAGGACCUCACUUGCCACCACCACCACCACAAUGAUGCUCUUCAAAACCAGGUUGCCCAAUAACAGGAAAGGUUAUCACCUCUGUUGUACAAAGAGGCUGCCGAAGUGCAAAAUCUGGGCAAAGACAGCCAAACUUUGAUUAUAUCUGAGAAGUUUACCAACUCAUCCUUUUUGUCUAAAUUUAGCAAUUUGGUUUUUAUUUUGCCACAAUUCACUAUUUAAUGAUUAAAGCACGUGUCACUGUGGAUAUCAGUUUCAAUGCAUAUUUUUUUUUUUAGAUUUUCUAAUAAUUUAGUAAUCAGAGCAGUUAGGAUUACUUCAACCAUUUUAUCUUGAUAUGUGUUGUGACUUACAGCAAAUGUUCCACUAGCUUGUACAAGCCUGUCACAACCGAUUCAAUUUUAUGAACUGAAUCAGGCUAAUGUUUGCAGGAGAAAGAGUUUCAAGAAUAAACAGCUUGAGAUGCAUGGGUGUUGUAUUGCUAGAACUCAUAACAUACUAUUACCUAUACAACUGGCAUGACUAAUGCUGUCUUGCACAAUAUUGAGUAAUUUGUUAAUAUUUCUUAUAUUUCUUGGUAUCUUACGUAGAUUCCUAUAAUAGUAGAUUUCAAUACGAUAAAGCAGUAAGUGAACAUGGUUUCACUUCCCAAAAUCUGCAAUGUCACAAUUAAUAACUUGCUUAUAUUUCCAUUUUGUAUUGUGUUGUUUCUACAGAAAGUGGAAGUUUUAUAUUUCUCAAAAUUCAGCAGCCAGCACUUGAUAUUAAAGUAAAAUGAGCUGUAACAACCAAGGCCUUAGUUCUAUAUUAUUGGCUGAAAAAAUUUAUGAUUCAUUUGCUUGUGGCCACGUUAGUACUGUGCUCUUGAGUAUGUGGGAGAGUACAAUACAUGGAGGAUCCUGGGAGGCCAUUGAAGCCUCCAUACAUCAUGUCACACUAUGAGAGAGAAGAUAUCUGAAUCCCACACCGCCAUCACUUGGGAUGGCUAUUGGGAUUGGACAAAAGUUGAUAACAGAGCUCCAAAUUUUGUCAACUUUUGCCAAAUCAAGGUUUGUCCAUGAGACAAAGUAGUCUCUAUAUUUCAUUAAAAUUCCAGUGCCUUCUGCAUUAGCAUAACAUAAAGAUUAUAUAUUUAUGAAUAUUAGAAAGUGACAGAGCCACUUUAAUACUACGGUCAUUUUAAUGUUUGAAUCACCAGCGUAGUUUCCAGAGAAAUGACCGUUCUCCUCUAACUAUUUGGAUUCUGGUAUCUCUGCCUAGGUUGUUAAAUGUCACAGAUGGUGUUGGGACAUGUCUCAAAGGUCUUUGUGAAUCAAAAAGAAAAAAUGUCAUAUUAUAAGAUAUAACAACACAAAGAAUUUUCAAAGGACUAAUUUUAGAAAAGUAAAAGAUUAAACUUCUUGCUUUCUGUUCUAGGCCAGAUAUAAAUAGGCAGCGUCAUAUAUAAGUAGUCAACAAAGGCAACCUAAAUCAUGGUUUAUCAGUUCAAUAAUUAGUUAAAUGAAAAUUGUAGGCAAUCUACAAGGUUCUAGUUUCAGUCCAAUCAUAUUUACAUUUAUUCCAUUUAGAAUUAUCUGUAUCUGUGUGUAAAUUUUUGCUGAUUACAGAAAAGGUGUAGAAUGAUGUGAGGGCAUUGUCCAUAAUAAGUAAGGACUAUAUAACCAAUCAAGACUGGCCAACAGUUAGUGAACAUUAAAUGCACAGUGAAUGGGGCAAUUCGUCUGUUGUCACCGUAUAUAUUUCACUUACAAUAUUAUUUGCACCAAAGCAGCUUUGGCCUAUUACAGUCUUAAUUCUCAUCUUCAUUUCCAUCUUAAUAAUACCCUUAGAGUCUAUUGCAAAUGCAUAAAAGCAACCAAUAUAAAUCAUUAUCAUAACUUAUACAUGUUCUGCCAAUUAAUUACCAUAGCACUGAAUAUGUUUAGUAAAGUGUAUAGCAACAAAAUGUAUUUCAUCAUACAGAAUCAAAGUGGAAUACACAGGAUGUUUAGGGUGUGUAUCAAACUCAGAGAAAUUAGAUGUAUUGUGGAUACUAAAGUGGCUGUACAUGCCAAGAGCAGCGGUAAAAUAAGUAUACCUGUUAAAGGAACACACAAAGAACCACAAUUACAAUCCCGUGUAGUUGUUAUGGUGUUAGAGGUUUCCUGGUAUCAAAUAUUGUUGCACCUGGAGUGUAAGGAAUUAAACCAUCUUAGAAUUGGUUGACAACAUAGAUGGGGUAAGCCCCCUGCAGUGAUACUGCCUUGCAGUGCAGGGAGGCUCUCAUUGGCUGAGAUUAGUCAGCCGUUGCUCUCAGGCAAAUGGUCUGGCUAUGCACGACAAGGCAUUACUCAUUAAGGCUAAUGAAAGCUCUUUGCAGGAGCUUCCAGUUCCACAGGAGGUGGUGACUAGUAUUAGACAUACUCCAGAUAAGCUGUCAAACCAUUCGCCCCUGGAACCUUAACCACAACUGUGGGCCGUAGUGGUUAUAAGGUUUAAAGAAUGCCUUAAAGGGACACUAUAGGCAUCAAAACAACUUUAAUGAAUUAAUGAAUUAAUUAACUAACUAGUUUUAGUAUAUAGAUCAUUCCUCUGCAGUCUCACUGCUCAAUUCUCUGCCAUACACCUUCCCUGGCUGUUACUCAAUCAGCUGUAUGAAUCAGAUGUUAACUUGCUUUAGAAUAUUUCAUCUCCUGUUCCAUACAUUAAACUUUAAUCACACACAGGAGGCUCCUGCAGGGUCUAGAUUGCUAUUAACAGAGCAUUAAUAGGAAAUGCUAAAUUAAAUAGAUUGUGCAAUAAAGGAAGUGUAAACAUUAGAUCUCUCAUUACAUGAAAUGUUUUGGAAGGCUGUGCAAGUCACAUGCAGGGAGGUGUGACUAAUGCUGCAUAAAUGCCAAAGUGCCUAAAUGGAAGAUAAUAAUUGCAGAUAACUGAAACUGCAGGAGCAUGAUCUAUGCACCAAAACUGCUUCAUUAAGCUAAAAUUGUUUUGGUGAUUAUAGUGUCCCUUUAACCUGAGAACAACACUAGCAUUGACAGAUGAUUUGACUAUAUUAUCAUUAGCUUUGUAACAUAAUGUAUUCAUUGAUUUUGUUUAUUUCCUAUAUUUAGGAUAUAUAACCAUCUGUAAAAACAUUUCUAUAGUGAGUCUUGGUCCAGUACCUUGAGUUUAAUAACUUUAUGAAUGUUGACAAUUAUUAAUUUUUUAAAAAUAUAUUUUUCCUGUUUAAGGCUAAUGCAUCUUACAUCACUAUUGGCACCAUAGCAACUCCACCUCAAUGAAGUUAUUAUGGAGCAUAGAGCUCCCAGCGCCAUCUUACCUUAAGGGGUUAAACCAUUAACGGAAACUUUAACCCCAAUCACUCUGCCAACCACUUUCUCUGCAAGUCCAAGGGUACUACCAGAACAACUUGGAUCUUUGCUCCGCCAAUAGGCUUGAUCCCCAUCCAGAAUAGUGAGUGAAAAAGAUAGGUACCUUUUUCACUAACUUUUUGGGGGUAUGGAUCUUGUGAUGGACAGAGAGCAUCGGCUGACACAUCAGGCCUAUUAACUGUGCUUGGUCUGUGGCAUCACCCAGAGAAGAAGUAGAUUAUACCUUUAAGUUAGGAUGGCACCUGGGAAAUGAAAGCACCAUAACAACUUAAUUGUGAUGAAAUUGUUAGGGUACCUGAAUUGUAAUUUUAUUAUUAGAUGACCUAUGACAAAAUUAUUAAAAUGUUUUAUUUUUCAGAACAACUGUACUAAACUGAAUUCCUAUAAUCCAGAACUAAUUUUUCAGUGCAGCAACAGCGAGGUAAUUACUAUUAGCAUAUAUUGUGUUAUGUAUUAAUAUGUAAAUUGUGUAAUGGUGGGAGGUGUUUUCUUUUUAAUGUAAACAUAAAAGACACAAGUUUGUUUAAUUAUCACAUUUUGAUGUACCCCCUAACACUACUGUAUUUGCUGGUACAAACAGAGGAGUACUAGUGAUUCUAUAUUUUAAUUUAUUAAUUAAAUAUAAAUGUUAUAUAGAUGUUAAUAGUACAUUGUGUGCAAGACAAAUACCAAUAAUAAUAAUAAGUAGAAUCACCCAGUAGUUGGAGUCUGAGUGGCUUUAUACAAUCUUCACUAGGCUGUGGCUGGGGUUAGAUUAUUUUGCCUCUCUGCCAUUGGCUACAAGAAUAUGUUAACAGUUUCUGUGAAUUAAAUCACAGAAUCACUCUGGCACCACUAACUCACCCAACUACAGUUCUACAUUCAUUUGUAUCCAUUAAACAAAUUCCAUCAGCAUACCUUUACUUGUAUACAUCGUGAUAGGUGACAUGUCCACCUCCAGGGAACAAGAUUCUGGAUUUCAUGUGAAAUUCAGCAUACAAGCAAUGCACAUAUUUAAACCAUAUUAGAGGUUGCAUGAUAAGUUUAAAGGGACACUGUAGGCACUGUAACUGCUUCAUCUCACGGAGGUGGUUACAUAGUCUGGAGUCCCCUACUUCAGUCUUUCUAUUUAGUGUUAAACCAUUUUAAUGGUUUUAAUGCUAAAUAAGAUCGCCGGACUGGCCAUCAGGCAUACAGGGCAAAUGUAUGGCCAUGGGCCGAGGCCGACUGGGGAGAUCAGUGUACCUCCCCUGCCGGCCCAUGCCUGGCCAGUACUAUACAAGCACAGGCCCUGCUUUCUACCAACCAGCCCACAGGCACUGAGAUGCGGCCACCAACAGGGGAGGGUGGGAGAGAAGACCCAGGGGAGCUCUAUCGUGCAGCACCUAUCUGGGUUUCCUCUCGCAAGGCGUUUCCGCUUUUACUAUGGUUACUAUGGCAAUGAUCCGAUAAUACACAUAUAUAUGUUUACUUUUUAUCCCACAGCACCCCAAACAUCACACUACACCCAAACACCACACUACACCGCAAACACCACAUUGCACCCCUCACACACACACUGCACCCCAAACACCACAGAGCACCCCAAACACACAGUGCACUACCCCCCCCCACACACACACAAACAAACACUGCACCCCAAGCACCACAGAGCAACCUAAACACCACACAGCUCCUCUCACACACAGUGCACCCCCCCCACACACAGUGCCUAUGCACACUCUGGGUCCUCCACACAAACACUAGAUCCCCUACGCACACAGUAGACCCCUACAGACACACACUGCACCACCUACACACACUACAUUAAUGACAUACAACCUCUGGAUCCCCUGUGAACACACAAGAUCCCCUGUAAGCAAGCAUACACUACUUUCCCUAAACACACACACUUUACAACCCCUACACACACUACAUUAUCUAUACACACAUACACUACAGCCCCUAUGCACACACUCGCUACAUCCCUUAUGCUCACACUCUCUCACUCUCUACAGCCCCUAGCCAUACAUAUUACACCACAAACACAACACAACUGAAACUGACAUUUACACAAAACACCACACCACAAUCAACUCACUCUACACACACGCAAUCCCUCAAGCAGGCUCUAAACACAUGUACAAUACGUAGAACAAAUACAGGGCCUUUUUUCAUACGAGAAUUCUGAGCAUUGAACCAACAUGCUCACUUUGAGUGGGGGUGUGCUUGUCAUUGGGCCACUGUGAAUUAAAAAUGCCCGGGCCGAAUUUUCCAUAGCCAAAUGUACCACCCUAACUCCUCCCACAGUUUUUACACUACAUAGACCGUAAUAUACCGAAACGUGCGGAUUGUUCCCGAUUGGAUUGCUAUUACUUUGUGGAACGUUUCGCCGAAAGGUUCACGGAAUAUCGUCGUUCUUGUGGCGAAAUUGGUCCCAUAGGAAUGAAUGGCAAAACUAGAGUGGGAGCUGGCAAAAGCUGA